AUGGGAUCAGAUCGGAGAUGGAUGUAUGCUAGGUUAAAAGAUGGUCUAUUGACCUCAGAAUUCAUAGAAGGUAUUGAACAAUUCAUAACAUUUGCUAAGCAACAUCCAGAGUGGAUGGAUGGGGAUAAACUGAAGUGUCCAUGUAAUCAUCGAAAGUGUCAGAAUCGUAAUUAUGCUGAUGAGAAUACAAUUCGGUUACAUUUGAUGAAGCAUGGAUUCGUGCCAUAUUAUUAUAAAUGGAUUCUACAUGGGGAACCCCGCACAAGUAAUAUUGAUAGUCAAAACAUAAAUGUUAUGACAGCGGAGUCUGUUCAAGAGGUUGAUAAUAGCACAAGCAAUACCUAUGAGCAAUUGGUAAUGGAUGCAGCAGGUCCUGAUUUCUUUCAGGAUGUAAUGGAGGAGCCUCCAAAUCCAUCAGCUCAAAAAUUAUAUGACAUGUUACAAGCUGUUAAUCAAGAGGUGUGGCCAGGUUGUGAAAGCCAUUCGCAGCUCUCAGUUGUUGCAAGGAUGUUGAACAUCAAGGCAGAACAUCAUUUGUCAGAAAGGUGUUUUGAUGACAUUUGUCAACUUAUGAAAGAGGUGUUACCGGAUGAAAAUUUAAUGGCUGAAAACUUUUACAGUACGAAGAAGUUGGUCCGAGCAUUGGGCCUACCUGUUGAGAAGAUUCAUUGUUGUACUAAUGGAUGUAUGUUAUAUUGGGCUGAAGAUAGUGAGUUAACGAAUUGUAAAUUUUGUGACCAUCCACGGUUCAAGCGACAUAGUCGAGGCUCUUCUAAUUUUCAAACCAAUGUGCCACAUAAGAAAAUGUACUACUUUCCUCUCACACAGAGAUUGCAAAGAUUAUAUGCUUCGAAUGCAACAGCAAAAGAAAUGAGAUGGCAUGCUGAGCAUGACCAUGAAGAUGGGGUAAUGCGUCAUUGUUCAGAUGCAAUUACAUGGAAGCAUUUUAAUAAAACACAUCCUUCAUUUGUCGAGGAAGAGUAUAUGUUCCUAACGGUAAUAGUUCCUGGUCCAAGAAACCCAAAAGACAAAUUGGAUGUGUACUUACAGCCCCUUAUUGCAGAGUUGAAACAGUUGUGGGAAGUUGGAGUUGAGACAUAUGAUGCAUCAAAGAAGAAUAAUUUUAAUAUGAGGGUUGCUUUAUUAUGGACAAUAAGUGAUUUCCCUGCAUAUUCAAUGUUAUCCGGUUGGAGCACAGCAGGCAAGACUGCUUGUCCGUAUUGUAGGGAUGAUUCAGAUGCAUUCACAUUGACAAAGGGUGGUAAACAAUCAUGGUUUGACAAUCACCGUAAAUUCUUAGUAGCUAACCAUCCUUUCAGACGGAAUAAAAUUGCUUUUAGAAAGAACAAGAUAGUUACAAAAAAUAUGGGUGCAGAUGAGAAUAAUAGUUGCAAAGCAAAAAACACGGGUUGGAAGAGACGGAGCAUUUUUUGGGAUUUGCCAUAUUGGAGUACUAACAUGCUUCGCCACAACCUGGAUGUCAUGCAUAUAGAGAAAAAUGUAUUUGAAAAUAUUUUUAAUACUGUGAUGAAUGUUGAAGGGAAGACGAAGGACAAUGCAAAAUCAAGGGAAGAUUUGAAAGAGUUUUGUCACCGACCUGAGUUAGAGAGGGAUAUGGUAACAGGAAAGUAUCCUAAAGCAUGUUACACAUUAGACAAACAAUCAAAAGCAGUGUUGUGUGAAUGGCUUAAAAAUCUUAUAUUCCCAGAUGGUUAUGUGUCAAACAUGGGUAGGUGUAUAGACAUGCGAAAACUAAAGUUGUUUGGGAUGAAAAGCCAUGAUUGUCAUGUCUUUAUGCAAAGAUUACUCCCAAUAGCAUUUAGGGAAUUGCUUCCAAAAAAUGUGUGGCAACCAUUGACCGAAUUGAGCAAUUUCUUUAGAGAGUUAACUUCAACAACACUUAGAGAAGAAGCCAUGCUACAGCUCAAUGAAGAGAUUCCUAUAAUAUUAUGUAAACUAGAGCGUAUAUUCCCUCCAAGUUUCUUUGACUCCAUGGAACAUCUCCCAGUGCAUUUGGCUUAUGAAGCAUGGAUUGCUGGUCCUGUGCAAUAUCGGUGGAUGUAUCCAUUUGAAAGGUAA